ACGCUGUCAUAUGAAAAAAUUCCGGUUGCUAAAUUUGGGGUUGGCCAACCACAAUUAUUACUUCAUGUUCGUUUUUCAUUUGAUUCUCUCUGAAUGCAAAUUUAUAAAGUAACAGCUGGGCUACUACUCCCGGUGCUUAUAGAAGCCCAAUCCUCCACAAGAAAUGCAACCAUUGCACAUACCAUUAAUUCCAUGGCCGCCGCACCCACCACUGAAUUAGGACAGCAGAUUGAGAUUGUUCUGUCUAUCACGUUCCUCGUCAUAGGGGUGAUGUUCAGUUUCAUAAAAGGAACCUAUUCUGUGCUUCUCUGGAUGCUAUGGCCGGUCAUUACGAUCUGUCGAAUGUUAUAUCAAGUCUUUAUAAGUGGGCCUUACAGGGUUGUGGCGCACAUAAUGCACGUCCUCUACCCAGUGGCGACAUUUUGUUUUGCCGCAGCUUGCUUUGGGCUCUUGAUCGGUGGGUUCGCAGGCAUAGCUUCAGAAGCCAUCUCGUCGUUCUUCAUCGCUAUCACAUGGGGAGGUGGUGGAACCAGCAAAGUUCUUUCAGCUGUCGCGGAUACUACACCUAGCCAGCCGCCACUUGUAUCCGCGACAACGUCUCGAUCUACAACUCCUCGACCUGUGGCCGAACGAUUAAUGGAAUUUGGUCGCCGAAAGAGCAAAGAUUUGCUACCUAGUGCACUGUCUUCAUCAGCAUCCUCUAUUGCCGACCAAGGCGGCUACUUUGGGGAAUGGACAAAUCAUCGGGCAUCUUUUCGUACUCGACGACUUAGUUAUCUUGAUUCUGAAGACAUGCCAGACGAUGACGAUGGGAGAUCGGAGACGAGCUGGGAUAACGACGAUGACGAUACAUUCACAAUAUCCCCUGCACACCCUACCAGUCGUCUAAGACGAUAGCAACAGAUUAUAGCUUACACGUAAUUCAUUAUUUUGUAUAUAGGAAGAUAAAACAGUACAAAUUGAAAAUACACCGUUAGAACAGAAUUCGGUUCUUGAGACAAUGCCAAGCAAAAAAAAAACGCAACACUGAGUUUUAUUUUUUUGUUCUGUGUUCAUAAAAUGAAAAGAUGUUGCCCAAAAAUA